AUGGAUGCUAUGAGAGGGAGGAGAGAUCAGAUUUUUAAGGAGAGGAAAGAGCAAAAACGUGAUGUUGGGGAGAUGGGGGAAGUAAUUUAUCUUGAAUGGCCAAGAGACAAAUUUGCAUUGAUUGUCAAUAUUGGAGGUUAUUUUGUGAACUGUGGACCUGUUGUGGAGUAUAUAUGUGGUAGUUUAAAGAGUAUUUAUGGGUUAGAUGCUGAUAGAUUUGGCUACUUUGACCUACAAGAAGAAAUUAAGAAGUUGGGAGUUAACAAGUAUGAAAAAAUUGUGUAUAGAAUACCCAAUGCUGGUGUUGGAGCUGAUAGUUUGAGAGAUGUAAUUGAUGAUAAAGAGGUUAUGGAGAUGAUUAGUUGUGGUAAGAAUAACAAAACUAUAGUUCAGAUUUAUGUGGUUGGUGGUGACAUUAUUGAUGAUGAAGCAGAUGAGAAUGUUGAGGCAUCAUUCCAGACAAAAUCUUCUAGCCAGCAAGAUACUGAUGAUGGGGAAGAGGUGAAUGGUUUGAGUCAGGCUGAGGCAUCAAUUGAGGAAGAGCCUGCAGGCCAGUUGGAGGAUAUUAAUGAUAUUAUUGACAACUUCACUUCUGUUGAACAUGGUGAAGAAGCCAAAGGGAAGGCCCAGAAAGCAUACUGCACCCCACACUGUGGUUUAAAUUUCUAUUCAUUCAUAAACCCAAGAGGAAGGCCCAGACAGCAUACUGCACCCCACACUGUGGUUCAACCACCCCAAACUGAGACCAUGACAAGCCCACCAUCUGAGACAAUGACAAGCCCACCAGUUGAGAGGCUGACAAGACCACCAGUUCAGAGGAUGACAACCCGGUCUGUUGAGAAGAUAAAUAAUCUGCCGGAAGAGGAAGAGGGCAGAGGAGUGGGUCUACCACUGCUAGAGGAAGAGGAAGAGGGCAAAGUAGUGGGUCUACCACUGCUAGAGGAAGAGGAAGAGGGCAAAGUACAGGGGACUUCAUAUGCACUCAAGAGAGUGAGGCUGGAAAUUAAGAUGUAG